AUGUCUUCAGAGAAAUCAUCUUCUAAUUUACAGCAACAAUUCUCUUUUAAACGGUAUUUUAUUAAUAAUUUGGAUUCCUAUCAUGGAGAAUACUUUUUGAAGGAAAUUUCUAAAGUGUUAGAACAAAGUGCAACUUCUUCUAACAAGCAAUCGUCACAAACUGUAAUUGGCGAGGAUAUGGAAUCAUUAAGUCAGCCACCAGAACAACCGUACGAAAUUAUAGGUACCGUUAUCGACCCCAAGGUCAAAUCUGUGGAUAACGUCGCCCGUAUAGUUUCUAGAGCCGACUGUUUGUCCCAAAUGCUCGCUUGUGGAACGGUUGUCUUUGAUAUAAGCUACUCUAAAGACGAGUUAAAGCUAGCUAUGGAUUACGUUAAAUUAUUAAAAGAUCUGUUUGAAAAACAAACACCGGUUCAUGCCACUGAUUCAAAUGAUGACGGAAAGCCAAGCGAAUAUAAAAAACGAUACCUGAUAUUGGUAUCGACCGUAAUGACUUGGGCCGUUACAAAACCAUUAGACCCGGAUACACCGGACAUGCCUUUUAUAGAGACUGAUUUUCGUAAAAGAAAACCACAUCCAAAUUAUAAAAUGCAUUACGACGUCGAAAAUGAGGUUAUUGGCAUAGCGAGAAAAUAUAAAAAACAAAUUGGGGCUGUCGUUGUCGCAUCGGGACUGACAUACGGUGGUCGCGAGGAUGUGUUAUUCUUCUGGUUUCAAAAAGCUUGGGAAUGCGAGCGACUAUUACCCAUAUUAGGACGAGGUUCAAACGUUAUUCCACUUAUAAAUGUGCAGGACUUAGCGCAGAUUGUAUAUAAUUUGGUAUCGGACUUUCCAAAGAAACUUUAUAUUCUUGCCGUUGAACAGACCAUCACUAAACAAAGAGAGAUAAUAAAAUCUUUGGGACGAAUUGUAGGCUCAGGAAUGUUUAAGUGUAUUCCACAAGAAGAUGGAUUUCUUAUCCCUGAUAUUGACCAAAGAAUAUUUGAUUUUAUGACUUUAAAUCUCAACAUGGAGCCCACAUUUAUUGUGGAAACAAUGGGUUUGCAAUGGACAUCUGAAUUAUCUUUUCAAGAAAACGUUCCUAUUUUAAUGAAACGAUUUAAAAAAGAAAGGGGCUUGAAACCAUUUAAGGUAAUUGUGCAUGGACCGCCGAUUGUGGGUAAAACAACACUAUCUAAGUUGAUAUGCGAAGCGUACGGUCUUGUUUAUGUCUCAGCUGAGACUGUUGCCCAGGACUUAUUGGAAGAUUUGACGUGGCGGAUAAAACACUGGGAAGUAGGGGAGACUGCUGAACUCGAUCAAUCAACCGCGGAAGAUGAUGACAUUGUAGCCAAUGACGUUGAUGAGGAAGAUGAUAAUAUAAUUCAAGACGAAGCAAAACUGACACAUGCUAUUUUGAAUUCGGGACGAGAUUUGACUGAUGAAGAAAUAUUAACGUAUGUACGUCGUCGGCUACUUAGUAACGAAGCUUUGAACAGAGGAUGGGUGCUCGAUGGUUUUCCGAUUAACCUAGCACAAUGUUCGACAUUAUUCGAAAAGGGAGAUGAGCAAGAUGCAGAAGGAGAAGAAGAAAAUGAGGAAGAUCAAUUCGAUGAAGACAUUGAUCUAUAUAAUAACGUUCUUAAAAAAAUGUUACCAGAGAUUGUUGUGACAUUAGAAGCUACAGAUGAAUUUAUAUGCGAAAAAGCAAUGCGUCAGCCCGAAGAUGAUUCUCGACUAGAUGAAGAAACUAUUCUAAAACGUCUCAGUGAAUUCAGGGCUGGUGACACUCGUGAUACAACUAUGCUUAACUUUUUUGAUGAACUUGAUAUACAUCCUUUAGUAAUACAUGUUAAAGAACAUGCAGAUUAUGGAAUGAAAGCCGCGUUUGCUUCAGUUACGUUACGAAUGGGACGCCCGUGCCGUUACGGGAAACUUAUCGCACAAAUCGAAGAAGCUGAGAAAAAAGAAAAACAAGAACUGGAAACUCUACAAGCGAAAGAAGCAAAGGCAAUGAAAGAACUGGAGAAAAAAAUGCAAGAAGAACGAGAGGAAAAAAUGGAAUAUUGGUCUGAGUUGUAUGCGUUGAUGAGGGAGGAAGAGGAGGCUGCUUUAGCUGCAGCAAGCGAGCCCUUGAGGAACUACCUCGUGAACAAUAUCUUUCCAACGCUUACCACUGCGCUUUUAGAAGUUGCUAAGCUACGUCCAGAUGAUCCUAUAGAUUUUCUAGCUGAAUAUUUAUUCAAGAUAAACCCAACUGGAAAAAUGCUAGAACCAGGUUAUAAUCUUCAAGCUGAAAAAUUACUAGGAAAAAUAAAAAUACUUGACGAUGCGCUAAAGGACUUAGAUAUAAAAAUAGAACCUUUACUACCACCUGAAGUUGAUUUCGAAUUCAAACCUAAAAAGAAAAUUAACAGCAUGAGCGCCUUGUAGUUUAUAUAAUUUAUUAUGU